AUGAAGCUCUCCACCCACCGCAACUUCGUGUUCACGCUUCACGGCGUUGUCUACCUCCGCUACAACUCCUUCGCCACUCCCCACGAUCUCAAGAAGCAGGUCUGCGCAUACAACCCCACCCGCUUCGAGAUCGGCCUCGUCUACUUCGCACGCAAGACAGUCCGCUCAGUCGCCUUCGCCCCGCAGCUCCGCGAGCUCAUCAUCAACAUGGGUAUGUUUGACUGCGUCACCGCUGACAUCUGCUGCCGCUGCUAA